AGAAACGUGAAGGGCAAGCGCAACGAAGAGGCAAGAAACGUGAAGGGCGAGCCAGGGAAGCGAGGGGAGGACGAGGACAGGGGAGAGACACCCAACACUCGCUCGUGAACCGAAUCCAGCCCCUACCCAGGCCGUUCUCCAUAGCCGAGACGAGAGGGGUCCUCCCCUCUUCCUCGGGGCCGAGAGAGCGGAAAGCCGGAGAGGCACGGCCCCGGUCCGAUCGCGCGAAAUGUACAAGUCGCGGCUGCAGGAGCUGUGCCAGCAGCGGCGGUGGGGGGCGCCGGUGUACGAGCACACCCGCGAGGGCCCCGACCACGUGCCCCUCUUCCGCGCCACCGUCGCCGUUAACGGCGCCGAGUUCCGCUCCCCGGACAACGGCGCGCGGUCCGCUAAGGAGGCGCACAACCUCGCCGCCAUGGCCGCCUUCCAGCACCUCACCGCGCUUCCGGCCUCGCCCGCUCCCCCGCCCCCACCGCCCGACAUUCAACUUCCUUCCAAGAAUCAGUUGCAAAUUUAUGCUCAGAAACGAGGCAAACAGCUGCCUUUGUAUCGCACCAUUCAGGAAGGUCCACCUCAUGCACCUCUGUUCAAGUCAAUAGUGACCAUAGAUGGGCGAACAUUCGAGAGUCCGGAAUACUGUCACACAUUGAAGGAGGCCGAAACUGCUGCUGCACAAGUUGCUCUGAUGUCCUUACCUCUAGAAGCAAGUCCACCAAAGCAAUCAACGGUUCCAUCUCUGUCGUAUAAGAAUCUUCUACAAGAAAUAGCUCAGAAAGAAGGCUUUCCCUUGCCUGUCUACAAAACAACUUCAGAUAUCUCAAAUAAUUCUGGUACAUUCGAAUCAACUGUGGAAAUCCAAGGUACAAUUUUUCAGGGAGAGCCAGGGAACACUAAGAAGCAAGCAGAGAUGAAUGUUGCUAAGGUUGCUUUUCAACAUUUCAAAGACAGGGAAAAAGGCUUUGUUUCUUCCACUGUUCUUGGAGGAUCACACAUGCAAAGAACCCAGAACCUAUCCGUUGAACAAGAGAUCAUGAUCAUAGAGCCUGAUUUUUCAGUGCCCGGUGCAUCAACUAUAAAUGACGAUUCUCGCUCACUUGGCUCCGCUAACCCCCUAUCUGAUACCAACAAAACUCAAUCUCUGGAUGAAAGUACCCGGUCUAGUGAGUUGAAAGUGGGCAAACUGCCCCUCCCAGAGCCAAGCACAGAAGUUCAAGUGAUGGACUCGUCUCUGAAACUUGAAAAACAGCCCCUUCCAGCGCCAAGCACAGAAGUUGAAGUAAUGGACUCAUCUCUGGAAGUUGACAAACUUCCCCUUCCAGAGCCAAGCACAGAAGUUGAAGUAAUAAAUUCGUCUCAAGAAGCUGACAAACCGUCCAUUCCAGAGCCAAGCACAGAAGUUGAAGUAAUGGACUCGUCUCUGGAACAUGCAUCGAAUGUGGAUGAUUGCUCACCCCCCAUAGCCUCAACCCAUACUCCUGGUCUUGCCAUGACAACAACAGCGCCCGUUAGCUCCGAUGGAUGCGGUUGCUACAUGUUAACUAACCGAAUCCAAGUCUACCCACGCCAUCCUGACAUGGUUAUACCGAAAGAUGCAACCAUGCUUCCCAUCAGCGACGAUGCAUGGGUGGCAGUCAGCCUACCUUACUCCAACCAUGGAGGUAGCAGGACUACCGCGUAGGAACAUUAGAGCAGACAAGGAAAAUGGACCAAUGCUUUUGUGAUGUUGUAUGUAACAAGACCGCCAUUCGCUGCGACGUCUGUGAUGUGGAGACUGAUGUAACUCCUAUUGUAUCUGGCUGAAGCUUUCUUUAUUCAUAUUAUGUGGAAUAGGAUUUUUUUUUUUUUUUUUUUUUUUUUUUGGUGAUGUGGAGACUGAUUAUGGCUGAAGCUACUUGCUCAACUAUGCGAGCGAAACCUAAGUUGCACUUCUAUCAGGCUGCCAGAUUAUAUAACAACUCGGAAAUAAAAGACCAGAACUUUAAUGGGACCA